CUGAUAUAUUUUGGAUGCAGUCGGCCUGGGACUUCAUAGAUACAUCAGCCGAUUCACAACAAACUAGCUCCAGAAACAGCGGAAUAUCGGCUUAGAGCCUGCCAUGGCGAAUCGGCUACUGCGCCUGGACCGCAGUCGGCUUGUGCUGCUGUGCAUUUUCCUGGGGAUGCUGCGAGGGUUCCGGGCCAGGCAGAUCCGAUAUUCUGUGCCCGAAGAGACCGAAAACGGCUCCUUCGUGGGCAACAUCUCCAAGGACCUGGGGUUGGAGCCCCGGGAGCUGGCGCAGCGUGGAGUCCGCAUCGUCUCCAGAGGGAAGACACAGCUUUUCGCUGUGAAUCCGCGAAGCGGCAGCUUGAUCACGGCAGGCAGGAUAGACCGGGAGGAGCUCUGUGAGACGGUGUCCUCCUGUUUUUUAAAUAUGGAGAUUCUCGUGGAAGACACCUUGAAGAUUUACGGAGUGGAGGUGGAAAUAAGGGAUGUUAAUGAUAACGCCCCCAGCUUCCAAGAAGAGGAAGUGGAGAUAAAAGUUAGUGAGCAUGCAACUCCUGGGGCGCGAUUUGCUCUUCCUAAUGCGAGGGAUCCAGAUGUGGGAGUGAACUCCCUCCAGAGCUACCAGCUCAGCUCUAAUAGUUACUUUUCCUUGCAAGUGCGGAGCAGAACGGAUGGGGCCAAAAAUCCAGAACUAGUACUGGAGGAAAGCCUGGACCGAGAGAAAGAGGCUGCUCACCUCCUCCUCCUCACAGCUUUAGAUGGAGGUGAUCCCAUCCGAAAGGGCGCGAUUCCCAUUCGUGUGGUGGUCCUCGACGUGAAUGACCACAUCCCAAUGUUUACACAGUCCGUAUAUCGCGUGAGCGUUCCAGAAAAUCUCAGCUCCGGAACUCGGGUGCUGGUGGUAAACGCGACGGAUCCAGACGAGGGAAUCAACGGGGAAGUAAUGUAUUCAUUUCGGAACGUGGAAAGCAAGGCUUCUGAAAUAUUCCAGUUGGAUUCACAAACUGGGGAAGUUCUAAUACGGGGGUCUCUGGAUUUUGAAAAAUAUAGAUUCUAUGAGAUGGAAAUUCAAAGCCAAGAUGGUGGAGGUCUCUUUGCCACCGCGACAAUGUUGAUCACUGUUGUGGAUGUGAAUGAUAACGCUCCAGAAAUAACUAUCACCUCUUCUAUUAAUUCAGUUAUGGAAAACUCUCCUCCAGGUACAGUCAUUGCUCUUCUAAAUGUGCAAGAUCAAGAUUCUGGAGAAAAUGGUCAGGUCUCCUGUUUUAUUCCUAACCACCUGCCUUUUAAAUUAGAAAAGACUUAUGGAAAUUAUUACAAAUUGAUAACAAGCAAAGUGCUAGACAGGGAGUUGGUCCAGAGCUACAAUAUAACAUUGACAGCCACAGACCGGGGAAGCCCGCCUUUGUCUGCCGAAACUCACAUCUGGCUGAAUGUGGCAGAUGACAACGAUAACCCUCCAGUUUUUCCUCACUCGUCUUACUCUGCCUACAUUCCCGAAAACAACCCCAGAGGUGCCUCCAUCUUCUCAGUGACCGCCCUGGACCCGGACGGCAAAGAGAAUGCCCUGGUCACUUACUCUCUGAUCGAUGACACUGUCCAGGGGGUGCCUCUGUCCUCCUAUGUCUCUAUUAACUCCAACACUGGUGUUCUCUAUGCCCUACAAUCCUUCGACUAUGAGCAGUUUCGAGACUUACAACUGAGAGUGAUAGCACAUGACAGCGGGGACCCGCCCCUCAGCAGCAACGUGUCACUGAGCCUUUUCGUGCUG